CACCGACUCCGCACCGCUCAGCGGCAGUAAUGCAGCGUUUCCUUCCCCAGCCGCGGCGAAACACGGAGCAGAAGAAGGAGGCCGACGACAGGCUGUGAACACUGCGGUACAUGCGACCGUACAGCCGCUCUCUUCAGCCUGUGCUCGUUUUUCUUCCACAGCGGCGACGACACGGAGGAAGACGAGGCAUCUGCGUUUGGGGUUUGAAGUGGCGGACGAGAUAUAAACGUAUCCUGAAUUCACGGCUUCCCGUUGAGGCCAUCAGUUCAGUGUGUGGUAAAUAGCUGCUGUCCCUCAGAGUUCUCUGCAGAACGAUUUUUCCGGUCACAGACUGCACGGCAGCCAGAGGUGCAGCGGGUGCGAGGCUGCUCUCGGGUCAGAGCAAACCCGUGGCCAUGGAUGUGGAUGAGGAAGAGAAUAUGAGUUCAAGCAGCACCGACGUAAAGGAAAACCGAAACCUGGACAACGUGUCCUGCAAAGACGGGGUGGGAGUGGCUGAACAGCUCCCCAAUGGCAGUGGCCUGGGCAGUCGAAAGCGACCGCUAGAAGAGGGAAACAAUGGCCACACGCAUUCCAAGUUCCGGGCUAAGAAGCGCAAGAAAACGCCGGGCCCGGUCCUGCCCAAGAACGCUCUGAUGCAGCUGAAUGAAAUCAAACCAGGUCUACAGUACAAACUGCUGUCUCAGACAGGCCCGGUGCAUGCGCCAGUGUUUGUCAUGACCGUGGAGGUCAAUGGACAGAUGUUUGAAGGCAUGGGCCCAACAAAGAAGAAGGCUAAGCUAAACGCAGCUGAGAAAGCGCUGCGUUCCUUCGUCCAGUUCCCCAACGCUUCAGAGGCGCAUCUGGCCAUGGGCCGAACGCUGACAGUGAACACAGACUUUACAUCUGAUCAAGCUGACUUCCCCGACAUGCUCUUCAACGGCUUUGAGACGCCAGCCGCACCGGAAGAAUCCUUCUAUCUGGGCUCCAACGGUAGCAGCUCCCUAAAUUCACUAGGGGAGUAUCCACUGCCCACACCACCUGGCAGUAUCCUUGUCCAGCCCCCACUGCCCCCUCCAUCUGCAUUCAGCUCGCCCUCCAGUGGCAAAAACCCAGUCAUGAUCCUCAAUGAGCUUAGGCCGGGUCUCAAAUAUGACUUUGUCUCAGAGAGCGGUGAGAGUCACGCCAAGAAUUUUGUGAUGUCAGUAACAGUGGAUUCACAGACAUUUGAAGGAUCAGGGCGCAACAAGAAGCUGGCUAAAGCCCGGGCAGCGCAAGCCGCUCUGUCUGCACUGUUCAACAUGCAGCUAGACCAGACACCAUCUCGGCAACCCAUACCAAGAGAGGGAUUGCAGCUUCACCUACCCCAGGUUCUGGCUGAUGCGGUCUCUCGCCUUGUUGUGGAUAAGUUCAGUGAGCUGACAGACAACUUUACGUCCCCGCAUGCACGGCGAAAAGUGCUGGCAGGCGUCGUCAUGACAACAGGCACAGAUGUGAAGGAAGCACAGGUCAUUUGUGUCUCCACGGGAACCAAAUGCAUCAACGGUGAGUACAUGAGUGACCGCGGCCUGGCACUCAAUGACUGCCACGCUGAGAUAAUUGCCCGACGCUCGCUCAUCAGGUACCUCUACACUCAGCUGGAGUUCUUCCUCAGCAACAACAAGGAGGACUACCACAAAUCAAUAUUUGUGCUGUGUGACAAGGGAGGCUACAGGUUAAAGGAUAACGUUCAGUUCCACCUCUACAUCAGCACCUCUCCCUGUGGAGAUGCCAGGAUUUUCUCUCCACACGAGGCCGGAGUGGAAGACCAAGGAGACAGACAUCCUAACCGGAAAGCGCGGGGUCAGCUGAGGACCAAAAUCGAGUCCGGGGAGGGCACCAUCCCUGUAAGGUCCAGCAACACCAUCCAGACCUGGGACGGUGUUCUUCAAGGGGAGCGAUUACUCACCAUGUCCUGCAGUGACAAGAUUGCGAGGUGGAACGUGGUGGGCAUCCAGGGCUCCUUGAUGAGCUACUUCACAGAGCCAAUCUACUUCUCCAGCAUCAUCCUGGGCAGCCUUUACCAUGCAGACCACCUCUCCAGGGCCAUGUACCAGCGCAUCGCAGAUAUCGAAGACCUGCCCCAGCAGUUCACCCUCAACAGGCCUCUUCUCAGCGGUAUAAGUAAUGCUGAAGCCAGGCAGCCAGGCAAGGCACCAAACUUCAGUGUGAACUGGACGGUGGGUGACCAGGCCCUGGAGGUGAUCAACGCAACCACGGGCAAGGACGACAUGGGCCGCGCCUCACGGCUCUGCAAACACGCGCUCUACAGCCGCUGGGUGCGCCUUCACUCCAAGCUGUCGUCCAUCUUGCGGAUCAAGGUGUCGAAGCCGAGCUCCUACCACGAAGCAAAGCAGGCAGCCACAGAGUACCACUCUGCCAAGCAGGCGCUCAUCAAGGCCUUCCACAAGGCCGGCUUGGGGGCUUGGGUGAAAAAGCCCAUCGAGCAAGACCAGUUCACCCUCAGCUCCUGAGGGAGUCGAGGGAUUCCUUAACCACCCCCUCCUCUUUCCCUGACCCAGGCCUGAGAGAGCCCCCGUAUUAACAAGCAGACACUUACUUCCGUCCCAUGUGUCAGCACGCACGUGCACUUUGUAUUUGUGGAAAUGAACGUGCGCCGUUUCACAAACCAUCCGUAACUCAUCAUUCUCAUUCCUCAGAGGACAUCAGCCUCGUGUCUUUGAUUUAACUUUUUACUUUGAUUUUACCGGACGUUCCAUUGAAUUAUUUUCUGUGUAAAACUGGAAUCCAUGUUUUGUUUUUUCGUUUAACACGCACCCAUUUGUUUCCCAGAGAAAUCAUGUUCUUAUGGCGUAGAUGUGGAAGCUGAGAUUAUACCGUUCUGUCUUGUUGAUCAAUGAGUAGCUAAUUUAGGUCGGAAUGUAGCCUAGAAACGGGAUCUUUGCUGACUAAAACCAAUGUAUAUGGACCUAAAACAAUAUAUAUCUUUGCUAAAAUUAAUGACACUGACAAAUUUUAAUUUAAUUAUGCAUAAAUCUUCAAGAUGUAAAUCUAGUGCUGAGAAAAACAUAAGCGUUGUAACGUUUAAUGUGUGUUAUUUGGUCCGUUCCUUAGCUGAGACUACGUGUUCUUAUCCUCUGGAUUAAAGAUAAAAAUGUUACAAAAUGUUGUCGCCCUGUUUGAGUCACUGACUGGAAAGAGUUCAUAAGGCAGGUGUGACAGCGUCGUAGCACUCUUUCCUUUAUUUUUAUGUCGUGUUCAUUCAUCUGUGCGUAUGAUUUUUAAGUUAUUUUAUGUCACUCUCAUUUCAUACUUGAACAGAUGCGAGGGAGGGGUGAGGGUCACGUUGACUGGCCCCCCCACCCCACCCCUCGCCUGGGUCUUGGGAGAAGCUUUGGGAGGUGCUGCACGUUGUAUUUUUUUCUUGAUCCAAGCCAUGGCUUUGCAUGGAAACUGAACUUAGAGGCCUGCAGAGCGGAAAACGUAGGAUGGCGAGCCCCGUGCGUCCGUCGGCGAAUGAUGUUGAAUGAAUGCCAGCAUCUUCCUCCACAGGCAGCUUUGAAUCUUUGUCUCUAUUUUCUAGAUUUCUUGUGAUUGAUUGUUUGAUUUUUGAGGGAAGGGGGGGAUGGGAACAAUUAUUUUUUUCACCCUUAGGCAUUUGAGGACUGGGGCUAACGCCACAGUGAACAUAGCGAUAGUAUAACGGACCUCUCAGAUCUUGUAAUUAUGUCAUUUUGUUGCAGGGAACAAUGAUGGCUGACAGAUGACGUGGUAUAUAUGUACUGUAGCAGCACAUACAGUAUGUGACUAGAUGCAAUCCUUCCACAUUAUUGUGUGCGGAAUCACCUAGAUGAACAGCAGAGUAAAAUGCAACCCCUGCAUGAGAAGACUCAGAAGUCGUAUGCUAAAAUGUAUCACAGUGUGAUGUCAUGUUCAUCCUCGUCCUCUCUACGCCCAGUUAAGAAACACGUUAGCUGCAUAUUCCAUGUUGUGAAUUAACUCGACUCCUGUACACCCCGAGUGCAUAAAUGUCCUCAUGUUUUCAAUUUGUAAAUGAGGAUGUUUUCCCGCGGUGACUUCCUAUUUCCAGCUGCGGGAAAUUUCUAUGUGCGGGUGUGCGUGCAAUUAAUGUGUGUGCUCAGGUUGUCUUUAAGCAUAUUCCUGUCAGAUUUUCACCAAAGAUGAUGAUGUCCAUGUGUGUUUCUGACCCAGUGUUUUCCUUUUCUUUUUCAAAUAUCUAACAUUGUGGCAUCGACCCUUUACUGUCCGGUCUUUUGCAUACCCGCACAACAAUGUACUACUUUUACUUUGUACAAAAAUGAUGUGCUCGAUUCUAAGUGGGAGAAAUACAAAUGUCAGGCUUCUUUAGUGCAUCUGUAGCUGUCAAUCAGUGAUCAUGUGUAUAUUGUGAGCUGCGAUCAUUAUUGCUGCAAAAUACUAGUUCUGUGUAAAUAAGGAGCAACAAAGGCAACACGUCUUCUGACCUGUGCAAUCGAUUCAUCCUCAAGAACAACAAAAAAACCCAAAAUGUUUUGAUCCCUCCUCUGUUGCCGAGAUUGUGAAGAUGUUACUGUUGCUAAGUAAGUAUUUGUGAUUCUGUGUCACUCACUGGGCACCAUAAAGCAUGGCACUAACACUGCCGGGGUCAACAUGCUUCAUCCCCAUUGUAGCCACCCAUGUUUGAAAAAAAAUAUGCACUGUAAAGUGCCUAAGCUCAAAGUGGCAUCCACCAGCUGGCACGUGUGAUGUCAUGUAUGUACCUUUCACUUAUACUUGGUUGUUUUUGGGGGUAUUUUUGUUUGUUUGUUUUUAGUCAGUAUUUAAAAAGCAGGAAGCGGGGACUCCCAGAGUAGAGUUAAAGUUAAAAAAAAACUUAAUAAGUAUCCAGUGCCCCCCCGACAAACAGAUCCAGACCAAAGUCUUGAGCAAUACUGAUAAUAUCUCCUGUAACGUCAGGCCAAAACCAACAAGAGUGUCGAGUUUUCCUCCCCUUCUGCUCCUUCGGUUUUCUGUUGGUGUUCUUCGUUUAUUCUAAAACUGCAAAGUCUGAGAUUUUUUAAUAUAGAUAUUUCCCCCUAAAGACUGCCUGCUUGUUGGAUUUUGUUUUCAUUUUUAACUGCACUAAAGAUGUCAACAGAUGAUGUCAUGAUCUCUCUCUCUAUACAUAUAUAUAUAGAUAUAUGUAUAUAUAUUUAAAAAAAGAAAAAGUCCCCAUUUAUGGAUUAGAUGGAUCAAACUAUCUGCAAGAACUGAACUGCUUCUGCUUAACCCUUUGUGAAUCCUCAAUGAUGGUCAGUGCACCCCUCCACCCCACCCCUUCUGCAGCUGCACCCAUUGGUGGGGUUCUUUUUUUAUUUAUUUGUUCUAAUUAAUAUUAUUAUGUUUCUUUUGUUUGGUGACUCCAGAUCGGUCAGUGUUUGUUAACUGAUUUCCAGAGCCACUGCUCUCCGUUCUUCUCCUUCUGCAGUUGUCCAAUGUGUGAAACCCUCCCCUGACGAAAACUACAACUUUGCAUGUACUACCAACACUGAAGCUGCACCUAGCAUGAUGACAAACUUUUAAAGGACUCGUGUAGAAAAAAAAAAAAAAGAGUUAACAGCUAAAGAUAGAUAUAUAAAGUGAACAAAAAAGAAUAAAAGAGUUCUUAGUUUA